AUGCAGCAUCGCGACCGCGAGGGCAAGCUGAUCACGGAUCCUGACUUGUCCAACCCUACCCGUUAUCGAUUCGAGCGGCCCUUGGAUACAAUUCGGUCCUUUGAGGCGGCGAUUGAACGACGCAGACGGGAAAAUGCUGGCUUGUAGGGAGGGCACUGAGAAAGAUUGAGGGCGGAAACGCUGGGUUGUACGAUUUAUUGUGCACGUUUCAAUUCCGGCGAACUGUAUUAGGGAAUAGGCGUUAAAUGAUGUAAUGGAAGCGAUGAUCGAUUUUCAGGUCUCUGUUUUGUUUUGAGAGGAACACGAGCAGAUGUGUUCUGGAAUAGUUGGUACGAGUAAUUCUGCAGCUUCGGUCGGGAGCGUCUGGGGCUUGCCGAACUCCGUCGAACCGCUCGCUGCCUCAGGCGUACCUCAGGCCGGGAUCGACAACGCUGACAGCUCACCUCAACUCAACUUCUACACUUCAUCAUCUACAUUAACUACAUCAUCUACUUGUUCCAGUUUCUACAAAUCAACCAGAUCUCUUUGUUGUCUUCCAAUUCAUGCCAUAUAUCUGGCCCCUUCUUCGUCUCCCCCCUCCGGGCGACAUGCGCUAAUUACUGGUACUUAUAGCCAGCGCGACUGCCGUCCCCACUCGAGGGAAAAAUAUUCUUCUCUAAGAUCAGGCAUCCACUUUGGCACCACGACGACGCAUCCUCCACCCACCAAUUCGGCCACCGUCCCACUUCGCCAUCGUUCGUCUACCGAAUUUUCAGUCCAAUGGCUUCGCGCUUCGCCGCGAGUGGACGCUCCCGACCAACUCUAAUCACUAGUCCUUUGUUAGCACCGUCCUGUCCACUACAACUGUCAUCCGGCAUGAUGGUGGGUGACGCGUUCGCCUGUAUAGCGGGCCCCAGCCAGGAGGUUUGAGAGGCCACACCUCUGGCAACUUGCAUCGGGCGAGAAAU